GCCCGGUGAUCGGUGUGCGCGAACCCAUUGUUGGACGGACAUCAUCUCGGUCUUAAAACGAUCAUCUCGGUCUUAAAACGAUGUCGCUUCAGGCUCUGGCGAUACCUGCCUCUUGCUGCCCGCGUUCUGUAAGCACGUUCACAUUUUUACUAUGCACUGGCAUCGGGCACGCCCACUUAACUCUGGUCUUCGUUCGUAGUGACCGGUGAUUACUGCUGCAGCUGCGACAUGACAAAUAAUCGUUCACCUGCGACCAGUGAGGCGAUGUGGCUGUUCACCAUAGCCUUCGCUGUCAUCUGCAUCGUACUCUACCGCAUGACACAACCUCCUCCUGCCCUGCGGAACGUACCGCGCGUACCCGUAUCAGAGCUUCUUUACAGCUAUGUCACGGGGGAAGGCGAAGAUCAACGAGCGAAGCGCGUACUGCUUCCAUUUGCCGUGAAGAUGCAGGUGGAUGUCGUGCUGGUGUGGUGCUUCGGUCACUGGAUGAUCCAUGUCGUAGAUUCUAAGGCAGGCAAGGGCUUCAUGGAGAAUCGAAGUUUCAAGAAGCAAUCGCCUCGAGAGGAGACGUUGCUCUGGCACUUCACCGGACGACAGAACAUAUUUUUCUCGGAGGGUGAACAGUGGAAGAAGCACUCAAAGAUAUUCCGCGCCGCACUCCAAAGGACAACGCCUGUGGGCCACUUUGUCGCGUUAUCCCGCAAGCUUGUGUCCAUCAUCGGCGACGGCGGGAGAGUGCGAUGGAAUGAUUACACUCACCGGUUUACACUUGAUGCGGUCGGGAAGACCACCCUCGGCUUUGAUUUUGAGGCACUGGACGACCCCGAAAGCCCAUUUGUUCGCCUCUAUCACGAUGUCAUGGCGUCCGUAUCCCAACCAGCCUUCAUCUUUGUUCCCUCGCUGGAGCGCUGGAUAUCACGUAACGGUGUUCGCCGUAAGGUGGAUGCUCUACUGGAGCGCUUCGAGGAGCUGCUCACAAGGAAGAAGCGCGAGCCGGGAAACGAUGUGAUCACAUACUUCUACGAUGAUGCGGACAUGACGAGGAAAGAGAUAAGGGACAACGUUGUCGUCCUGUUCAUGGCAGGGCAUGUAAGUGGAAUUUCUUGGCAGUAUUAUCAACGCUCACAUAGCAGCUACCAGGAAACUACAGCGGGUGCGCUGUCUACAUUGUUUUACUACAUGGGUUGUUGUACCGACGUGCAACAACGCGCCAGGGCGGAAGUACUCUCUGUGGUGCAAGCCAGCGAGGACUUGACACUGGAACAUCUGGGUCGCAUGCCAUUCCUUUCUUCUGUCAUCCGCGAAGCCAUGCGGCUAAACAACCCAUCUAAUAUCACCGUCCCUCGUAUUGCAGCCGUCCCAGUGCAGAUUGGCUCAAUACUGGUUCCACCUGGCACACCUGUCACGCUCAAUAUGUAUGCCGUGCUGCACAACGAGAGGUUGUGGUCCGAUCCCUGCUCAUUUGAGCCACGCCGUUUCCUCUCCCAGAACGCGGAGCUUGACAACGAUCAACAUUGGAUGCCGUUUGGCCAUGGUCCACACCAAUGCCCAGCUCGAAAUUUUGCCAUGAUGGAGCAACGGACGCUCGCGGCGGUAAUGUUGAUGGAGUUCGAGUGGGAAAUACCGUCCGACUCCAUUCACCUACACGGUGUUCGGAACGCUUUCUCUUCCUUUGCAUUAAACCUUCCGUUCGACAUGGACAUUUUAUUCAGACGGCGGCGCGAAGGCAUCGUUCGGGCUAAUUGAGAUUAUUUGCUCACGUGGAACCACCAUUACACAGUACUACCGACUGCUUGUCAAUAUGAUUGUACGUAGGUGUGGUAGAGUUGAAUGCGCCGAAUACAUAUAAGUAUUGCGAGUCAACGUUAUUUAGUGAUUAUGUACUAGCAUGCCCGUGGCUCAGCGGUUGAAGUCAGACUAGCCGAUGCCCGUGCUCCGCUACAGGUAUGCGCUUUCGAUUGCAUAUCUCUCAGUCAGAUACAUUAUCUACGGCUUUGAGCGCAUAGCAGGGCGACCACUCAAAAAUCGUGACUGUUCUAUUCUAUGUUACUUGCAAACAUAGGUGACUUCUGUAAGAGACUGAUAGUUGAAAUGCCACUUAGCCGUCUCCCUUCGGGAGUCGGCUUCGUGGCCCUGUGCCGGGCCGUGAAAUAUGCAUCU